CUAUACUUACCUAUACUUAUCAAUUUUGAGGAAGCCUUAUCUUGUUAAAAUUUAUCUCCAUUGAUACCAAAUUGCAAUAUUUUAUGUACUUAUAAUAUAUAUAUUUUGAGUGUACCUAUACAGUGAAACUGUGGUGAAGAAGAUAACGUAUGUAGAUUUGCUGAAUAUUAUGAUAGCCUUCGUAGAACUUUUUCUAGUAUCAAUCUCUAUAUCCGUCAUAAUAUUCAUCGAAUUACUAGACAGGAACCCACCGCCUAUUUUUGGUGUUUAUCAAAGAAGAAAUGGAUUUUAUUGGUUCAAAGUGGCUAUCGCCUAUUGUCUACUAUCAGUGAAAAAGUUCAAAUCAUCCCUGAAACGAUAUCAUGUGAUGAACAAUCUAGAACAACCGCAGUUGAUAUUUCAUGAACAGGCUACUGAUACAGUGUAUAUGAGCGGCAGCAACAGUGAUGGAGAUCACAUGACUGUUCGUCUAGAAUCAAGAAAAGACUACGUAAAUGCACAACUUUACCUAAAAAUCAACUCUUCGAAUUUUGGGGUACUGGAAAUAAAUGCGAAUCCAUCUGAUACUUCUUGGACAAAACCUGGAGAAAAUUGUUUCGAAUUUUCUGCCCAUGGGAUGAAAUUCAUUCCCUUGGAACCUAUGAAAAAAUGGAGGUUCAUUUACGAAGGAAGUAUGUUGGAAAAGGGUAAUCCAUCAGUUGAGCAUUAUGUAAAAAUUGACGGUAUUUGGACGUCAAAAAAACCAUAUUUCUACUUUGAUAGUGACAUGGAUCCAAUGCUAACAUCGAAAUGUCUAGCACAUGAAAAGUUCAAUAAAACCCAAUUCGAAAAUUUGAAAGUAUUAAAUGAAACUGGUAGUGAACAAUUUGGGACCAUGAAAUUAAAUGUGAUCAUCGACGAGAAGUGUUAUAUAAUUGAACUUGAUACUAUCAGGAGUCGUAAUGUUGAGAAUUACAAGGAUUGGAGUCGAUAUUACAGAUGUGGAUUUCACUAUUUUGCAACUGAAAACGGGGAUUGCUUCAGUAUCAGCGAAAUUUGCCGACCAAUAGCAUCUUCCAGGUUUUCCUUUGGACACGUUUAUUCUGCAGCUGAUAAGAAAAUAUACCCAAUAAAGGACACUAGCUUGAAACUCUAUCAAUAUGGAGGCAUCAAUGCACCACCAGAAGAUUAUGCGUUCACUUUUUCAGCUGGUGAAAAAACUUAUGCUGUCCAAGUGAGAGUGGUCGAUUCAUCUCAUUUUUACGUUAGCAAUGACAAGGAGGCGAAGGUAUAUGAGAGAUUUUCUUCGUUCAAACUGAACGGAUUGAAAGGAUGGGGAACAUCACAGUGGCAGUACAGAAACAUCUGUGAGAAGACCUAUCCAUAAGAAAUGAGCGGAUCUGCUGGUAAAUUUAUUUUUAAGGAUAAAUGUAAUAAAUGUAAAAAAUAUGUGAACAAGAGUGCUUCCACUCAAAUAUUGAAUAUUUCUAUUGACAUACCAGUGUUUGUGAUAUUUACAGGAUGUUUCAUAAUAUAUGUGAAUGAUCUCCUUGAAAACGUCUGUUAAUUAGGUAAGCGAUCUUUCUAUGCGAAAAAAAUUACCUCGGUGCUUUUGUGGUCCCGUAUCUGAAUUGACAUCUUCCACCACUAUCCCAAUUUGUAAAUUUUUCACUGUCUCCCUAUCCUGAUGUUUCGCUAUGGUCAUCACCCCAGAUGAAGGUUCCACAUAGAAGGAACCAUAGCAAUCGAAAUCUUGAUUUUUCAAAGCCAUUUCUCUCUCGUUUUGUGCUACACAGUCGUUUUCAUCAAUCUUGAUGACUAAUUUUGCGGUUGAAUCUUGAUCGUCUGCUGUUAAGUUAGCUAUUACUGUGCCAACCUAAAAAAUACACCGAUUCAACAAUAUAUAUCACAUCUCACCUGAAAACCUGCAAUUUUUUGAAUAUUUAUAAAACAAUAAAUAUUUGUUCGAUUGG